UAUUGCUUGUUUUCAUCGUCUUCCAUAAGCAACUAAUUAGCCUGGGUGUUUCAAGGCAAAACAAAAUGGAUAAUCUUACCACAGCCUCGGGCUGUUUUCUCCUCUUCACCAUAUUCUCCAUCAUCAUCUCUUCCUUCUUGUCCUUCUCCCUUGCCUUGACUGAUUCUGAAGCAUCUUUCAUCGCUCAUCGCCAGCUCCUUGCGCUCCAGGAGAACGAAGAGCUUCCCAGCCAAUUCGAAUAUGAGGUUAAUGUUAAAAUAACCUUUGCAAACCAAAGGUUAAAGAAAGCAUAUAUUGCCCUCCAGGCAUGGAAAAAGGCUAUAUAUUCUGAUCCAUUUAACACAACCCGCAAUUGGAAUGGUGCAAAUGUGUGUAAUUAUACUGGUGUUUUCUGUGCACCUUCUCUUGAUGACCCAAAAUUGAGUGUUGUUGCUGGUAUUGAUCUUAAUUCAGCUGAUAUUGCCGGCUACCUUCCACCAGAAUUGGGGCUUAUGACGGAUGUUGCACUAUUCCACAUUAACUCUAACAGGUUUUGUGGAAUUAUACCUGAAAGCUUUUGCAAACUUAAACUUAUGCAUGAGUUUGAUGUUAGCAAUAAUCGAUUUGUUGGUUCUUUCCCGAAGGUUGUCUUAUCUUGGCCUGUACUUAAGUAUCUAGACAUUAGAUUUAAUAAUUUCGAAGGUUGUUUGCCUGAUGAACUUUUUGCUAAGGAUCUUGAUGCGUUGUUCUUGAAUAACAAUAGAUUCGGAUGCAAGAUUCCUGAAACUAUGGGGAACUCUACUGUUUCUACUGUUGUGUUUGCAUAUAAUAGUUUCACAGGCUGCGUUCCUCAGAGUAUAGGCAAUAUGGCCAAUUUGAAUGAGAUCAUUUUCCUAAGCAAUAAUCUUAGUGGUUGCUUAACACCGGAGAUUGGGAAGCUUAAAAAUUUAACGGUGUUUGAUGUAAGCUUUAAUCAAUUGAUUGGGAACUUACCGUCUACCUUUGCAGACCUGAAGCACAUUGAGGAAUUGAAUGUAGGAAACAAUAAGCUAACUGGAUCUAUGCCUGAGAACAUUUGUAAGUUGCCAAAGUUAAGGAAUCUUACAUUCUCAUGUAAUUAUUUCAAAGAAGAGGCUCAAGUAUGCUUGUCCCUUCCAAAGAAGGACAUUGUAGUUGAUGAUGUUAGCAAUUGCAUAUCUAAUAGACCACAUCAAAAGUCGUCAAAGGAAUGUUUCCCAAUAGUGAGCAAGCAUGUGGAUUGCACCAAGCACAAGUGUGGUGGAGGAGGAGGUGGUCUAUCAACACCUUCAGUGCCAAAGCCACAGCAUACCCCCUCUACUGCUUCAAAACCUUCACCAACCCCAUCUCCUCCUCAACCCACAAAAACACCAUCACCUCCGGUGGUAGAACCAGAAAUGGAAUCACCAACACCACCACAAUCAACAUCAGAAACACCAUCUCCGUCAGUCCACUCACCACCACCACCUAUUGAGUCACCACCACCACCUGUUGAGUCUCCACCUCCGCCAGUACAGUCACCACCACCCCCGGUUGAGUCUCCACCUCCGCCAGUACAGUCACCACCACCCCCGGUUGAGUCUCCACCUCCUCCAGUCCACUCACCUCCACCACCUGUUGAGUCUCCACCUCCUCCAGAACACUCACCGCCACCACCUGUUGAGUCUCCACCUCCGCCAGUCCACUCACCACCCCCACCUGUUGAGUCUCCACCACCACCCGUUGAGUCUCCACCUCCGCCAGUCCACUCACCCCCACCACCUGUUGAGUCUCCACCUCCGCCAGUACAAUCACCACCACCCCCGGUUGAGUCUCCACCUCCUCCAGUCCACUCACCUCCACCACCUGUUGAGUCUCCACCUCCGCCAGUCCACUCACCACCACCACCUGUUGAGUCUCCACCUCCGCCAGUAUCCUCACCACCACCACCGGUUGAGUCUCCACCUCCGCCAGUAUCCUCACCACCACCACCUGUUGAGUCUCCACCUCCUCCAGUCCACUCUCCACCACCACCUGUUGAGUCUCCACCUCCUCCAGUCCACUCACCACCACCACCUGUUGAGUCCCCACCUCCACCUGUCCAAUCUCCUCCACCACCACCAGUUGAGUCCUCACCUCCACCUACAACCGAAAUUGUUCUACCACCAAACAUUGGUUUCCAAUAUUCAUCCCCACCUCCACCUUUGUUCCCAGGCUAUUAA